AUGGUGUAUCUGACUCUUGAGGAGAAAGCUACUGUCACUGCCCUGUGGAACAAAGUGGCUGAAGUUGGUAUUGAAAUCUUAGGCAGGCUGCUGGUUGUCUACCCCUGGACUCAGAGGUUCUUUGAGUCCUUUGGGAACUUGCCCUCUGCUGAUGCUGUUAUGAGCAACGCUAAGGUGAAGGCCUAUGACAAGAAGGUGCUAGUCUUCCUUACUGAAGGCCUGAAGCAUGUUGACCAUCUCAAGGGAGUUUUUGCUUUGCUGAGUGAGUUGCACUAUAAGAAGCUGCAUGUCAGUCCUGAGAACAUCAGAGUGAGUCUACGGGACCCUUAAUAUUCUCCAUCUUUUUUCUUUUUUUUUUUUUGUGGU